AUGAAAAACAUUACGGAAAAUAAAGCUAUUAAUGAUACAUAUUUUCCUUGUGCACUGAUAAAUUCUCAAGAAAAAAUUUAUAUAAAUAAAGUGGAAUCAUAUAUAAAGACAAAUACAUAUAAUUUGAAAGAAUUUAUAUUUGAUUACAUUAAACGUGAAAAAAAAAAAAUAGAAAAAGUUUUAAAUAAAAAAAAUAUUGAUCGUUUGUUAAACAAUUACAAAGUAUUUUUUGAAAAUUAUAGGAUUUUAUUUGUUCUUUCUAUUUUAAAUACUUUAAUAAUUUUAUUUCCAUUCUUAUUAUUUUUACUUUUAGUUUUUGUGACAUCUUUACCAGUAUUUUUUUUAUUUUUCUCUUUAUUUUUUUUUUUUUUCCCCGUACUGUACCCAUUAAUAAAAGAUAAAGUAUACAUAAUUUACAAGGAAGAAAUAAUAUUUGGUGUAUGUACAGUAAUUGGAAUAUCAUUUUUUUUUAUAUCAGUAUUAUUUAUUUGUCUUAUUCCAUUUGUAUAUAUUUUUUUAUAUCCUUUUAUUGGAAUUUUUAUACCUCUUGUUUCAACUCUUAUUUUACCUUUAAUAGUAUUCGUAAACAUAGUCAUAUACCUCAUUUAUGUAAUACUUUACAUCGAGGUCUUUUCUAAUGUUAAAAAAUGA